CAUUAAAUAACGUAUCCACCCUUUAGAUUUCCCGGCUUUACAUACAAAAAAAAUAUAAGCAGGAGAGAGGCUUAGCCUUCUUUCUCUUUGCCUGUAUAACAUGAAGUAACCAGACCGUCAUUCUCAGAUCCAUAAAGAAACACAGCGUGGUUCUUUAAGCACAUUAAGACAGAAGUGAAAAGAAGCUUUUAAGAAAGUAGUUGCGGUAGAAAGGAUGAGCAUUUGUGUUCGUCUUUGGCGAGGAGAGUGGAAGAAAAAUGGGGAGGAUGAAUGGCAUUUCCACCCUGAUGUCGAUGAUUUCGGAUUAAGGGCAAUGAGAAAAGAUGAUGAAACGUAUGAAACUUUGGAGGCGAUGGUUAGGAGACGCUACUCUCUCCGACCGUCUACACCGGUGGUGCUAACCUUCAGGCUCCCUAGCUGGAUGUUGUCACCGGUGGGAUACAAAACUCUACCAACGACAAUAACCAGAACUGAAGAUCUGUGUGUUUUGUUAAACGUGAGGACGUCCCUGUCGGACCUAGCUUUGCUUGUCACCGCUGGCCCUAAAUGUGUUGCAGAGUACGAGUUCCUUUGCAGAACUAGUUUUACGAUUGGAUCAACAACGUACGUAGUUGACAACACACAAAAUGAAGGAUCCAGAGCGGAGUACGAGACUCUAGUUUAUGGGGACCGAGCAACUCAGACUGAAAGGGUUAUGAACGCCCUAUUCCCUGAAGAUGCAUUAAGGCUUUUCCACCGUGUGUCUUGCGAGAUGGCUUAUGCGGACCGGUGUCUUGCUAAUGAAAUCAACCAUAACCGAGGGUCUCGGGAGAUAAUAGUCGUUGAUGAUGAUGAUGACGUAAUGUAUGAAGCUAACCCAGUCAAUGUAGAAAUUGGGGAAAGCAGUCAAGCCGGUGGAGGUGGCUCACUCCAACCAAGCAUGGUUUUUUCUGCAGCUAUGACUCAAUCCCAAGCACCUCCCAUAUUAUGGGACGUUGGAAUGGACUUGGCUAACCACCAAAGUCAGAGUAACCCACAAAAUGUCCAUUCUAGCUUGGAGAAUGACAUGAGGUUUUGGGAAGGAGUUAUAGCUGCAGGACUCCACGUUGAUGGACAGUUAAACAUGAAUGCUGGUAAUGAUGAUGAGAUGCAGAAUCUUGGUGGCAUUAUCUCUUUGGCGGGAGCAAACGAUAAUGUUAUCGGGGAGGGGGUCGACCACGAGGUUGUGCCAAAUGUUGGUGUUGACAACGCCGUCGUACAAGCUGAAGGUGGGGGGUCAUCUACUGGUUCAAACCGUGAAGGUAAACAACUAGGUGGUGGAAUGUUGGGUGCAAAACCUUUUGAAGGCGACGACUUUUGUCCAGUAGAUGAGCCAGCAAAAGGGUUUGAGGCUCAAGGGAUGCAAACACAGACAGAAGAUGGCGACGUACAAGUGUUGCCAGCUGGGGUUGUUGAAGAAACAACUCCUAAGGUGGUUCCUGCAAUGUUUAGCUUAACUGAAGGUGGACACACCGCUGGUAGUAGUGGAGUGCGCAAGGCUGAUAACUGUCUAACCGAAACUUCUUCUGAAGCAAGUGAGACUGAGGGUGGGUUUUGAUACAUUUGAAACCUAAGCGCUUAGUUUU